CAUCAGGGACAGCAGCAGAGCAGCCAUAUCAGGUUUCUGCUAGUCACUGGGUCUGGCUAACUUGUUCAGUUUUCUGAGACUCACUGAACCUCAUCAAAUACCCUUAUUCCAGGCCAUUCUUUGGCUGAUUGACCCUUGUUGCCAUUCUUGAGGAUACUUGUGAACAAGUUCCUCACUGAUCACAAUGGCCGCCGUCACCUCCAUGUCGAUCGCCACCCCCGCCGUCGGGCUGUCGGCCCAGCAGGGAGCCGUCAGCAAGAAGGCCAACCAGGUCAGCUUCCUCAGCGGCAGCUCCCUCGUCUCGUCCCUCGAGAGCAAGCCCGUUGUCCGCGUGGCUCAGCCUGCUAAGACCGCCGUUCGCGCCAGCGUCGCGGCUGCUGCUCCCAAGAAGAAGGAGCACCGCAAGAACGAGGAGGGAGUCUCGGUGAACCUGUUCAAGCCCAAGACGCCGUACAUUGGCCGCUGCCUGCUCAACACCAAGAUUGUUGGCGAUGACGCUCCCGGCGAGACCUGGCACAUGGUGUUCAGCACCGAGGGCAAGAUCCCCUACAGAGAAGGUCAAUCCAUCGGCGUGGUGCCCCCCGGCCUUGACAAGAGGGGUAACCCCGAGAAGCUCCGCCUGUACUCCAUCGCCAGCAGUGCCCCUGGUGACUUCGGUGACUACAAGACGGUGUCUCUGUGCGUGAAGCGCCUCGUGUACGUCAACGACAAGGGCGAGACUGUCAAGGGUGUCUGCUCGAACUUCCUGUGCGACUUGAAGCCUGGUGAGGAGGUCAAGAUCACUGGCCCAGUCGGCAAGGAGAUGCUCAUGCCCAUCGACCAGAACGCCACCAUCAUUAUGCUUGGCACUGGCACUGGCAUUGCUCCCUUCCGCAGUUUCCUGUGGCGCAUGUUCUUCGAGAAGCACGACGACUACAAGUUCAAUGGCCUCGCCUGGCUGUUCCUUGGUGUGCCGACCAGCAGCUCGCUUCUCUACCGCGAGGAGUUUGAGAAGAUGAAGGAGAAGUUCCCCAAGAACUUCCGCCUGGACUUCGCUGUCAGCCGCGAGCAGACCAACGCCAAGGGCGAGAAGAUGUACAUUCAGACGCGCAUGGCUGAGUACGCCAACGAGUUGUGGGGCCUGUUCAAGAAGGACAACACCUACACCUACAUGUGCGGUCUCAAGGGCAUGGAGAAGGGUAUUGAUGACAUCAUGACCUCCCUGGCAGAGAAGGAUGGCAUCAACUGGCUAGAGUACAAGAAGCAAUUGAAGAAGAGCGAGCAGUGGAACGUGGAGACCUACUAGACAGUCGUUUGGUGGUUUCCGUUUUGCUUUGUUAUGUAAACCAAAAAUGGCAGUAAUGUCAUAAUGCUACAAUUCAAUAUAAACGUUCCCUGUAAAUCUGCUGAUGAACUGUACCGUAGGUACCGUUAUGGGGCAUGCCA